AUGGCCGAACUGGCCAGCAUGUCGCGUCUCAUAACAGGUAUUGCAGGGGGCAUCGAGACUGUGUCCUGCUUCUCGGCCAAGGGACCCCGUGUCCUCCACGCUGGCCCCGAUGUCCAGGGGCCGUUUCCGGGGCUGGACCCCCAGAUGGGGUCUCUGCUGGUGCUGCUGCUGCUGCUGCCGCUCCCGGGCGCUGCCCUUGGCCUCUCCGCCUCCAGGCCCAACUUCGUGCUGCUGAUGGCGGACGACUUUGGCAUCGGGGAUCCCGGCUGCUACGGAAACAAGACCCUGAGGACCCCCAACAUCGACCGGUUGGCGGAAGAGGGAGCCAAGCUCACCCAGCACCUGGCCGCGUCGCCCCUGUGCACGCCAAGGAAGUGGCAUCUGGGGACCAGCUGCCACAACAAGACCGACUUCUGCCACCACCCUCUAAGCCACGGCUUCGACUACUUCUACGGGCUCCCGGUGACCAACCUGCGGGACUGCAAGCCCGGGGAGGGCAGCGUGUUUACCACGGGCAUCCGGCUGCUGGUCUUCAUCCCGCUGCAGGUGCUGGGCAUCACGCUGCUCACGCUGGCCAUGGUCAACUGCCUGGGGCUGGUGCACGUGCCGCGCCCGGUCUUCGCGUGCCUGCUCUUCCUCGCCGCCCUCAUCCCCUGCCUGCAGCUCUGUUUCCUGCACUACUUCCGGCCCCUCAACUGCUUCCUCAUGCGGAACCACGACAUCACGCAGCAGCCCGUCUCCUACGAGAACCUCACGCAGCGGCUGACGGCGGACGCCAUCCAGUUCGUCCGGCGCAGCGCCCAGAGGCCCUUCCUGCUGGUGCUGUCCUAUCUGCACGUGCACACGGCCCUCUUCGCCUCCCGGGACUUCGCCGGCCGCAGCCAUCACGGGCCGUACGGGGACGCGGCCGAGGAGAUGGACUGGAGCCUGGGUAGGUGGCCGCCGCCCUGCGUGUCGGCUUCGCUCCUGACACCGCUCCGGCCCCAACCGGGGGCCCCCGGAUAUGGUAACACAGAAGGUGUUGGGGAGGAUGAAAUGGGAGCUGGGGAUGAGGAUGAAGAUGGGGAUGCAGAGGAAGACAGCAGAGAAGAGAAUGGCAUUGGUGGUGAUGACGACACGGAAGAACACGGUGAUGGUGAUGCAGGUGAUGACGAGGAAGAAGACGGUGGUGAUGAUGGUGAUGGCGAUGAAGACGAUGGUGGUGAAGAGGACCGGGAAAUGUGGUUGUGA